AUGAAUUUGCUCAGGUCAGAAUCAACAAAAUCAUACAGAAGCGAAAUUCAGUUCAAUGGACUAGAUUCCCCAGAAUUCAUACAUAGAGAUACUAGAAGGAUCUUCUUAGAGAGACUAAGAAGUGCUUCGAAAAGAGAAACAGAUCUUGGUGUUCCUGUAUUAGUUUCUGGAAGCUCUAGUUUAUCUGCAUUUGACAAUGAUAGGGUCAGACUAAAACAAGUGGGAGAUACUCUGGAAGCUCAAAAAGACAUGAGUUGCUGGGAAAGGGGAAUAGUGAAAUAUGAACAUGAAAAAACAAGAUCAUUCAGACAUGGACCACAUGAUAAUGAGGUGCUUGAUAGAGAGUUGUCCCCUAGAAACCUCAUAAGGUCUUUAUCAGCCCCAGUACCCGGAACAUCUUUUGGGAAACUUCUUCUGGAGGACCGUCAUGUUUUAACUGGUGCUCACAUCCAGCGGAAGCAUGAAGGCAUUGACCACAUGUCCAUGGAGAUGAAACAUCAGAAGAAAGAAAGGUUUAAUUUCUUCUUUGGUGGCCAACAAGCAUGA